GUUUUGUUGUAUCGUCUAGUCCCGCUUUAUUGUUACCCAUACAUGGUCACUUCUGAAGAUGUUUUCGUUGUAGCACUAUCUAUGUAUGACCACCCCAGUAAUGCUGAUCAUGCAAGGACCCGAAAGUUUCAAAAAAUUUAUUCAUUUUUUUAUGGUGUUAAAAAAAAGAAGCAAGUUGUAUUAUGGCAUACAAAAAAAGCAAAAUGAAAACCAAGAAGCAGACCGGUGUUGUAAGAACUCCAAUCAUUCUCGUCGCCACUAUCAGUUGCAAAGAGGAGGACCUUUUCGCUUUUCGACAAGCUGGUGUUGUUCAACAUUCAGGUUCUUCAAAGUUGCUGCUUCCCAACUACACUGCUCUGCCUCUAAGAUCUGCCGGUGAACACUGGCUAACUUGCAAUCUUCUUAAUCUUCGCUCUACCAAAUGAUUGGAAUGAUGGAUUGGCUUUCUACCAUUUCAUGAUUGGAUUGAUGUGGUUUUCCUUUUUUAUCUCUCAGGAUCUGCAACUGCACCUUCUAAAAAAUAGCUCUUGUACUCGGAUCUAGUUUCUUAAGUAGAUAACCUUGCACUAUGUCCAUGAUGUUGCACAGUAGUUGUAGUAUCGCCUACGCCUGCUUGAUCAUCGGUGCUUGGUACUAGUUCUUUCUCUAUUCUAAGAGUAAGAGUAUUGGCCACGACUAGUAUUCCAAGAAAAAUGUCCAUCAUGUUGUCAAGUGUGGGUCCGCAACUUCCUCCGUCGGCCAAUAAUGGUCCGCACGACCGACGCCGCUCUGAAGUGUCAGACGCAUUCCUCCAGAUAGACGAAGAUGACGCCUCUGACAGCACAUCAUCUUCCAGCUCAGAUCAUGGCAUGCGCCCGCUUGAGCCCUGGCUGCCUUGGCUCUUCAUCGGCGGAAAAGACGAAGCCAAGGAUUUAAACCUCUUGCGCAAACACAAUGUGAAAUACGUCAUAAAUUGCACACCACCAAAGACUGAGGGAGGCCUGUUGAACUUCCACGAAAAAAGCCACGCUGGAGCUAUAAGUUACUUGAGUUAGGAUGUACCAGAUGCGGAUAAUAAUCACAGAGUAAUUUACUUAUAAGGUAGUGGCAAUGCCAGCACGACGCAUGGUUCAUGGAGUAGCUGCAUGGAGUGCAUGGAGCGCAGAUCCAUAAGGGACGCAAAAAGCGCCCCCUUUAGCUCCAUACAACUAUCUCGUCUCCCAUCAUCCGUCUAAUUUGAGAUUGUGUUCAGCAUGAUUUUCAUAUAAGAUCCAAAGUACCUUUUCCGAAUAAGAAUAAAAAGCGAGGCUCUUGGUCUAAAACUGAUAUCUCGUCUCCCAUCAUCCUUCUAAUCCCCUAAAUCAUCCCCUACAUCAUCCCAUCAUCUUUCUAAUCCCCACUACGGAUGCAAGACAACGCGAGUGAAAAGUUGGAACGUUGGUUACCUCCAGCAUUCGAAUUCCUUAAUCAAUGUCGGAUUCGGCAAGACGGCGCUUGCUUGGUCCAUUGCAAGGAAGGAAUAUCACGCUCAGUUUCAGUGGUCAUCGCUUACAUGCUAGCACAUUUUUGGAGUUGUCCUAGGUUUUCUGGUGCAGGGAACGGGGAAGUAGGGGAUAUUACUAGGAAUGGGACUGCGAAUACAGCGAAUAGUACUACACCUACAACUAUUGAUCCUUCUCCUUCACUAGGACAUACUACGCUUACAACUAUUAAUCCUUCUCCUUCACUAGGACAUACUACGCUGAAUCCACCUUCUUCUUCAUCUGCAGCAGAGGUCGUCCAAACAUGCUUGCGUGAGAUACGAGAUAUAAGCGGCUGUAGGCGAGAAGCAAAUCCGAACUCGUCGUUUAUACAGCAAUUGGAAAAACUCAGUUCACAUCUAGCCCAUUUGAAGGGUGAUGACGUGUAUAAGGAGGAGAAGUCACGGAUAGACGAAUACUUGAUGCUUGCGCAGAAGAAGAAGCGAGGCCGAAGCAGAAGGGAUUGCAGUGUCGAGAAGGAUGAUGUAGAUGAACAAGAAAAGAGAGAUGAAGGUUCUUUGAAAGCGUCGAAAAAGAGACGAGGUAGCAGUGGUGGUGUCGUGGGACCGGUAAUGGAGCCAUCGAUUGGACCGAGGGUAGGUCCGAGCAUAGGUCCAGCAGGACCACCAAUAGGACCUGUAGUAGGUCCGACGGUAGGUCCGAGCAUAGGUCCAGCAGGGCCACCAAUAGGACCGGCAGGGCCACCGAUAGGGCCCACCGUAGGACCACAAGUAGGGUCACGCCCUGGCUCUCCUCUGAUGAAAAAUGGAUUGAUAUCAGCUGGACCCUGCAUUGAUCCGCAAAUAGGACCGGCAUUGCCUCCUCAGAAUAGUAGAAGUUCUAAAUGAGCCUUUUUUUGCAAUGCAGGAGGGUCAUGAAAGUACUUAAAAUUAC